UUUAAAGAAAUGUAUCAAUGUGUGGAGCUGCUGGAAUAAGGUCAAAUAUAUACUUUUUAAUGACUGUGUGUUUAGAAUUAAUUUCAGCUCAUGGACAGGUUUAUGUUACAUUAGAAAGAGUAACAGUUGUGGUGCUGUCCUUAAGGAAGAGCUUUUCAAAUUAGAACUCCCUCCUGCAAGACGCCCUGAGGAAAGUACUGCAGGCAGGCAUCCGUGAUGUCUGGGCCUCUGAGGAGGUGUGUCCCUGCCUCUACGCUGGCCACUGAACAGUGGAGCGGCCUCCUCUUUCUAACUUAACAUAAAGCUGCGGCGUGGUGUGUGGGUGCUGUGCCGGUGCUGACAGUGGCGUGUGUUUCUCCCUGUAGGCCUUCAUGGUGAAACACCUCUUGGAAUACUCCCAGGGCACAGAUUCUAACCUCCAGUACAGCUUGCUAUUAGUCCUGGGCCUCCUCCUGACAGAAAUCGUGCGCUCCUGGUCCCUUGCAAUGACUUGGGCAUUGAAUUACCGAACUGCUGUCCGCUUGCGGGGGGCCAUCCUCACCAUGGCGUUUAAGAAGAUCCUGAAGUUGAAGAGCAUUAAGGAGAAGUCCGUGGGGGAGCUCAUCAACCUGUGCUCCAACGACGGGCAGAGGAUGUUUGAGGCCGCCGCCGUGGGCAGCCUGCUGGCCGGAGGACCCAUUGUUGCCAUAUUGGGCAUGAUUUAUAAUGUAAUUAUUCUGGGACCAACAGGCUUCCUGGGAUCAGCUGUUUUUAUCCUCUUUUAUCCAGCAAUGAUGUUUGUGUCUCGGAUCACUGCAUAUUUCAGGAGAAAAUGUGUAACUACUACAGAUGACCGUGUUCAGAAAAUGAGUGAAGUCCUCACCUACAUUAAAUUUAUUAAAAUGUAUGCCUGGGUCAAGGCAUUUUCUCAAAGUGUUCAAAGUGAGUUUACAGACUUCAUAUGUGCAUGUGGUAGGAAGACUCCGGCUUCUCUGCUUCCAGAUCACUUUAGCUACUAGGAACCUUAAAGUCAUAGGAUCACAGUAACUUAAGUUCUUAUAAUACCUUAUGAACUUAACACUGAUAGGGAUCUUGGCAACUUGUACCCAUGACUUCAUCUCACCAAUGAGGAAGUUGAGACCUGAAAAACUAUGAUUUCCCCCCACCCACGAGGUAAUUCAGCUAGUUAUAUAUAUUUCAUUCAGUUUC